CAUAAUUAGUAUGAAUUGAGCUAAGUUGGUCUUAAAGGAGAGCAUCCGAUGUGAGUGCUAGUCAGCCUCGAGACGCUGGACGAGCUCUACAGCCGCGACCUCCUACCCAACAUCUUCCUAGCAGCUCACCUCCUCUUGAUGUCAGGCACCAGCCGGUAGAGCAAGGACAGCUACCGCAUCAGCAUGAUCCGUCCCAAAGUCAGUUUAAUGCACAGGCAAUUGUAUCGCCCCAGGGGUUUCGGCAUGGUUCAGGCCAUACUCCUAUACAUAAUGAAAACCCAGACGAGUUUGAAGGUAUUUCCUUUCUCACUCCCGGACGUCAGCCGGAGACCGUCCAAAGUCACCCCUUGCUGCCCUCAGACAGAGUUUCUGGGUCCUGGCACAGCAAUCCAAGCGGAAGCAGCUUCCACCCUGGCGGUGUCAACGAGCAGAGCGGCUCUCACGGCACGUUGAUGCUGGGCAGUGGGGGUCGAUCCAAGUAUCUCGGUCCUACAGCAGGCAGUGAAUGGUUGAAAGAUUCGGAAACGCAAAUCGUAACGGACUCACCUUCGGCCACUCGUCCUCCCUCUCCGAAAGUACCUCAGUCGGCAGCCUCCCUUCAGGCCAGCCAUCCAACCUUUGGCACUGCCGCCAUUGCUUUUCCGUUCAGCACGUCAGCGGCCGGUACUAGUACCCAGGACUUGCUUUCUCAUCUGCCUCCCAGGGAAGAGGCCUGGACACUAGCUGAGUCGUACUAUCGCUAUUGUGCUUGGCAUCAUGAUGUUGCUCCCAAACCCAUGUUCGAAAAGACAUUUAAUCGUGUCUAUAAACUGUCAGAAGGGGGCACAUUGUCACCCCGCGUCAAUCCUCAAGAAAUUGCCCUCGUUUUCAUCAUCAUGGCUCAAGGUACCUUGUACAAUAUCGAGAUGCCCAACUAUGACCCGUCUGCCGAGGACUGGCUACACCUUUCGGAACGCGCUUUGGUCGAGGGCAACUUUUUAUCAAAUAACAUGGUCGCCGGACUCCAAACACUGCAUCUAAUGGCGCAUAUGCAUCUGCAGUUAGACAAGGGCGAACGCGGUGACAUUGCCUGGCCGCUCUGGGGCUUGGUGAUGCGCUUAGUGCAGGCAAUGGGCAUGCAUCGAGAUGGUGCCUGUUGGAAUCUGCCACACGAUGUGGUCGAGGAAAGACGCAAGGUCUUCUGGGAGUGCAAUGCCGCCGAUACUUUCCAGGCCCAUUGCUUUUCAAGACCGUGUGCUGUCAAUCCCGACCACUGCGAUGUCGUGUUUCCGUCUGAGCCGCCGAAUGCUAGCGGGGAGAAGAGUUAUUCUAUUCUCCGGUUUGAACUUUCUCAGUUGUCGUCCGAGAUUCUCAACAUGGCGAUGAAAGUGCGCAAGCCCGCGUAUUCCGAUGUCAUCGGUCUAGACGUCAGACUCUGCGAAUUCGAACGCAAUCUUCCCUUCUCCCUUCGAUGCCGAACCGCGUUGCUGUCAAUGCCCUCUCGGUACCCUCAGUUCGAAGCUGCCAUUGCAGCAUCCCCAGAACCAUCACGGCGGUCAAUGACCAUUUCUUUCCAGCAAUCGAAUCUUGCGCUCAAUAUUUCCGAGACAAUAAUUAACCUCCAUCGGCCGUAUUAUGCUAAAGCGCUCUACGAAGAAAUAGAUGACCGUGUCAAGUCUGUAUACGCACCGUCAUUUCUGACUGUUAUAGAACGUUGUGCAAUGAUUAUCGCCAUUGUCAACGACAUCCAUACUCGCUUUCCUGCUGUUAGUACAAGGCAAUGGAACUUUUGGUAUCACGUCUUCGGCUCAGCCCUAUGCCUAGGGACAUUAGUCCUGCGCGACCCAAGCAAUCCCAUGGGCACCUUUGUGCUAAGCCAGAUCGAUGCCGCCAUCAAUCUCUUCACAUCCCUAAUCCGAAACGGCGCAAACACCCCCCGCUACAACCGCAAUCUACAAUGGCUCAUGAAACUCCGCGCCAGGGCCUCAUCCAAGAUCUCUAAAGCAUCAACUCCACAACAACAUACUAACAACAACAAUUCCCAGCAAGAUAAUGACCAUGACCAUAAUUCAGACAGACACCGAAGCCGCGAAGAACGAGAAGAAAGUGAAGACGUCGAGCUUCUCGGCUGGCGGACCAGACUCAUCGAGCGCGCCGGCCAGAAUCAUAAAACGAUCCGGACUAUUCACUUCGCCCCGACGCCCAACGGAUCUCAUAUCACGAGUAUUCCUAAUCCGUCUCCAGGCGGUACUCGCGUCGAGGGGUCUCAUGGUGGUGGUGGUGCUGCUGUUGGUGGUGACAUCGGGUCUCCGGGGCUGACAAUGCCCAGCUCAUCGUUCCCGUGGGUGACGCCUGACUCGACUGAUGGCUUUCUUAAUGAGUUUUGGGAUCCAAUGCUCCUGCAGGAUAUAUUCGGGCCGCCUCAUGAAUAGCUCGUCCUAAGUUAUGAACACGUCAAUAUACCUUCUUUCGAUCUGUGCUGGUCUUCUUACCGUUGACAAAGGGGUAAUAUUAUCCUACUAGUCCGUUAUACAGCGCAAGAGUACUUCAAGGAGGACGAACGCGAAUAUUUUGCUGAGAC